CAUGCAGCUCCCACCACCACACCGACAACCAACAGGUUCUCCCAGACGAUCCCCGCACGGGGAUUGGCGCUCGGGGAAGAUUUGCACUGAUGUACAGAGUACAUCCACCGGUCUAGCAGACCGCCUGUCACUCACCUGAACCCUCAUGUUGGUAACCUCCCUCGUGGGCUGUUCAGCUGUUAUAGACUGGUGUUAGGAACGUCUUUCCCUUCUGGUCGAAAAGGCAGUUAAUAAUGUCGACUGGGAUACUGGUUCGAAUGGUGCCGGGUUAUCCGCACGGAGGCAACAUCCGCUUAAUCCUCGGCCUCCGAGCCUCACACUGCACAUUCUUCAGCUUCUUGACAUUGUUAGGUGUCCAUACUACCUUAGUAGGUAUCGGUUGGGUGGGUACAUUAUGGUGCUGAUAGUUAUCUGAAUCCAUCCAUAUACGUGUCACAUGUCCAAUACACCCAGAUUCCAAUAUCUAGGAAUGGAUACAGGCACUCUUGGACAUUUUCUCCAACGAUCCACUAUGGGUCUCUUCUGUUGAUAGGUGUGAUUGGAGAUUGUAGGUGUCGUACUACCUACCCUUCGUCAAAUGAUAGAGAAAUAAAAAAGUUGGUCCAAAAAACCCGUGGACAAAACUUAGAAGCC